AUGUGCGACUCUCCGCUCUCACCUGGUGCCGAUAAGGGCAAUCAAUGGGGGCACUCGUCUGCCGCCUCAUCGCCCCGAUCCGACACUUCGAGCAAUACCAACAGCUUAUUCUCAUCACCAGAAUCGCCCACUGAUACUGAGCUGUCAUUUCCAAACCUGGACGUCAAUGAGCCCAAGGUGUCUUCAGCGCGCGAUCAGAUUGACGUUACCGUCAUGCCCAGCCUUGCCAACCAUGUACUCGUUGGGCAGACUGCUUAUACUCCAGGGCGUAUUCGAGCCAUGUCCCAACAACUCCAGCAAGCACGAAGAACUGGAGAGUUUCCUAACACAACCUCUGCGGCCGAAUAUCCUCAAACCAUCGUAGAAGACUACCAUCAUCUCCAGCGUCUCCGAGAUGCAAGAGGCGACCCUGCUGAUCCCCCACCCGAGAAAUACAACGUCCUCAAGGUCGACAUUGCCCGUCUCAUCAAGGCUCGCGAUGAUGCUCACGGAGCCCCAGCCAACUUUCAAGAGAUGGAUCACCGAGUUCAAAACUGGAUGAACUCAAUCAACAAGGAAGCGCGCAUGCUGGAGAUUACACAGGCGGCACUUCAGCGCAAGGGCAUCAACAACCCCACACAAGACGACUUGGACGCCAUCGCCGAAGAGUUCAUGCAGAUCGCCGAGCGCACACUUCUUGACGUCGCCAACCCUCUUCGCAUGAAUGCCACUCGCAUGGAGGGCAACAUGAGUCGUUUCGACAGCCAAUUAGAUGGAAUGACGUCCCAGAUCGAUGGCUUAUCGUCACUCAACAAUGCAGUGAACACCUCGAUGAGCGCCCAGGUCGCCACACUCAAUAAAGUCAUGGCUUCGCAACUCAACACUCUAAACACCAUGUUGGGAGCCCAAAAAAAUACUUUCGAUGGAUCAGUGAACAUGCUCAACACAGCUCUCAACACAGUCACUACCGACUUGCAUCAGAUCACCUCCAGUCUGCCAGCAAUGAUUGCGACGGCAGUUCAAGCUGCUGUUAACGAGCAACUCGCUGCUAUGUCUCACAACCAGAGACUCGGCGGACAUACUUCAACAACCUUCGAGAAGCCGCCUGGCUAUGCGACAGCGACGCGGGUACCACAAUGUUCAUCCACGGGAAGAGAAGACUUCGGUGGCUUUGCACACUCGGCAGACUCCUCAACCCAAGUCUCAGUACAGCAGUUUGGGCAAGCUCAUCACUUGAGCACACCGCCCACGAAGUCGAGAUUCCGGAGAUUUCUACGAGCCAUCACUGGGAGACAGCGCUCAACGAAGGAGAAUGACCAUAAGGAAGAGGGCCGACAAUAG